UGCGGGUGAACUGCGUGUGCCCAGCGCCGCCUCCUGCGUGUGGCAGGGGAGUGUAGGGAGAGCCCGGCAGCCAUCGCUUCCCUGCGGUGAGGGGGACUCGGGCACGGGCACGCAGGGAGCGCAGUGGAGCAGGUGCCAUCACACCUCGGUAGCGCGGAGGGCCCUGACAGGCAGAAGAGGAGAAAGCAGGGCUUCGAGGCCAGCGAGUGGAAGGGCCGAGCACCGAGCAACUCCGGCUGCUCCUACAGCCCCCCGAGCCUCUGCCCCUUCCCCCGCAGCGUCUGAAGGCUGCGAUCAGCAUGAAGGACUAUUACCCAGUCUCAAUGCCCCGGUACAGUCGGUACGCCCAGAGACUGAGAGCCUCACGCAGCGUGCACUUCCCCAACGACAUCGUCUUUCAGGACCACAUCAGGCAGGGGGACCUGGAGCAGGUGGGCAGAUUCAUACGUGCCAGGAAGGUGACGCUGGACACCAUCUACCCUUCUGGCAUGGCAGCCCUCCACGAAGCUGUGCUUACUGGAAACCUGGACUGUGUCAAGCUCCUGGUUAAAUACGGCGCUGACAUCCACCAGAAAGAUGAGAAUGGGUGGACGCCCCUGCACAUGGCCUGCAGCGAUGGCUAUACUGACAUAGCCAGGUACCUCAUCUCCCUCGGGGCCAGCCUGGAAGCCACCACCGACGAGGGGGAGAAGCCCUCGGACCUCAUCGACCCCGAGUACAAGGACCUGGUUGAGCUCUUCCAAGCCACCACGAUGGACUGAGGCGGGGCACGGCGAGGAGCAGGCCUCGGGGGCCUCGGGGGGCCGGGGCGGCGGGGCUGCGCCGGGCCCGAGGGCCGGGGCCGGGCCUGGGCUGGGCCUGGGCCGGCGGCCGGGCGGGGACUCGCUCGGUACCGCGUCUCGGAACCACUUUGUACUUUUCCAA